ACCGUCUUCGCCGUGGCCUUUUAGCAAAUUGUGAUACUGUUUGCACAAAUAACCGUGAUAAAUUGUGUUUAAAUACUAACAAGAGAGCUACAGGCUAACGCUACACCACCACCAGGUUGUUACUAAUAAUGCAGUUACUACCAAUACAACUUAAUCAGCUGCUACAACCACUAGCAACUAAUUUACUGCAAGGAUGCCCACAUAAAUGCUAGGUAAUGCUAAUAUUUUGAUAUCAAUUCUAAUCUCAGUGCUAAUGAUGUCGAUGUGAAUAGUGCUACUGCUAAUGAGGCCAAGCUUAUAAUAGCAUAGUAUAAAAACGUCAAUACGGAGCGUUACGUAAUAUUAUUAAUUAGCAACGAGCUCUAAUGCCAGGCUUUUAACACUAGCUUGUGUGCUAGUCUGCUAACAAUGAUAAUCUUUUCAGUGCUUUACUGAUGACACAGUUCAAAUGGUAUUAAAAACUAAUUAACCUAGAGUUAAUGACUAUCAAAAAAUGUUGCCUUGAACUUAUAAAUGCCCCUUGAAUGCCUUGGGUGCCUUAAACAGGCUUUUCCGCCUUUAAACCAGAACAAACCCAAGUAAUAACUUGAGCACAGAGAAAUCUGGUCACCUUCUGGUUUUACCACAUGUUGUCAUGAGUGCAGGAAUGAAGCCAGUUGAGCCACUCCCCUCAUCUGUACUGUAUGAGUGUGGUUGCAUGCCUCCGGGGCCAGUGGGCGUGGGCUGAGGCCUCUCAGGUGUCUUUGAGCGCCUGACUCAUUUGCCAAUCACCAUACACCUUUUCUUCCUCUUUGUUGCCACUCAGCAGCUUUUCCCUUUUAUCCCUCUUCUAAUUUGCUGCCAGGAGGAAAACAGGACAGAGGGGAGACGGAGGCCUGCGCUUAAAGUAUCCAACAUGGACAGACUGUAUGAAGACGAAGCAAGAGGACCCAGUCCAGACUAGGACUUGCGUGCAUAUGCACGUCGCACAGGAGACAGAAAAGGCUGCUUAGCCCGAAAGAGAGCAGAUAUUUGUCGUUCCCUGCAGGUUUUGACAACUGGGGGUAAUUUGAAUGCCUCUGCGCGUGUGUGUGUGUUGAGUGAAUGUGUCGGUGAACGCACAGCUCUUUGACAGCGGUACAAACCCGGUAUAACACAGUGGUGUGCUUUCUCCCUCCCACAAGACCUGACUUAAAAACCUCACACGCUGGCUGAUCAUAUGAUGCUGCUUUAAAGAGCCUGGAGGGGAAAAGUGUAUGACGGAAGGCCGUGACAAAAUGAAAACCCCUCAUCCAACCGCAGAGAACGUUUUGUAGCUGCACGACACUUCACCAAAACGUACCGAGGCAACUGGACUGACUGAGAGACGCUAAUGGAGGAGGAAAACGACUCUUUGCCGGAUAACACAGGUUCAGUUCUUCAUGAGCCUCAGCAGGACACGCUUAUAGGCCUCCAGUACAUCAAUGGAGAACAGGAUGCCGUAGUGUGGGAUAAGACGGAAGUGAAGAUAAACAACGCACAUGGGGCCGAUCACCUGAGUCUGGCCCCAAAGACAGAAUGCUCAACUUCUGAGGCAGAGCAGUGUGAGCCAAUAAUAUGGCCGGUGCGCCCCAUGAGCUUCACCUGUUCUCCGCUGUCGUGCGCGACGGUGCAGUGGGACAUGCCCGAGCCCCGUGCAGAAACGCCUCUGCUCGAGACCGACGGCGGCUGGGCCAAUGAGCUGGACGCCGGCAGCGUGACGACGCUAGGCGGCAUUUCCCCCUCUCCUCAUGAGUCUCAAGACGAGCACGCUGAGUUUCUUACACAGGGUGGCAAAGAGGAACAAGGAUUUGAUUCACAGCUUCUGAGUUCAGAACUCGAGGCGACAGGAAGUGACUUAGAGACACGUGAUGCUGCUGAUGUUCAAGAGCUUAAGACAGAGGAAAAAGAAGAUUCAGCUCAUGAGCUGUUAGAUGAUAAUAACGACGUCCCACUGACAGACUCAGAGGAGGAGGAUGAGGGACACUUUGUUGCCUCAGAGCCUUUUAAAACUGAGGGCGUAACCGAUACUGCUGAGGAGAUCCAAGUCUCAGAGGAGGAGCUGGACGGCGUCGAACAGUCAGAUCUAGAAGAGGAACAGGAGGAGCCCGAUGUUGUGCUGACUGGACAGAGAACCCCGGAGGAAGAAGGGAUUUCAGCAAAGUGUGCUGAGGCUGAAGAGGAGAGCUGCAAACAAGGGGGUGAGGCAGAAGAUGAGCAGGACGUGACGGAUGAGUCCUGCAGCGAAGAAAGUGAGGAGGCAAAAGGUGACGCCUGUCUGAGAGACGUGGAGGUGCCUCCAGAGCCGCCGCUAACCGAUGACGCCGGACUGCUAACUAUAGACCCUGAUAAGCUAACUGAUCUGCAACAGCCGGAGGAAUCGGAGGAAACUCUGCCCUCGGAGUCAGAAGAAGAAGAAGAAGAAGAAGAAGAAGAAGAAGAAGAAGAAGUAGGUGUACCAGAACCGUUACAUGAAGAACCCGCAGGCCAGACUGACGGGCAGGAAAUGUGUGAAGAUGUGGAUCAGGACGUGGACCCUGAUCAGCUAGAGGCCGUGGACGGCAGCGAAGAAGCACCGGCGCAGGAGGCGGAACAUGAGGCGAGGACAGAAAAUGGACAAGAGAUCCCAGAGGUGAUUGAAAAACCAGACGAGACAAAUUGUUUGGAGCAGCAAGACUGCGACGAAACGGCUUCGCCGCCGCCCGAAACGUCAGAGCAACUUGAGACGGAGGAAAAGCCGGAGGAGAUUCCUGCAGAGGUGUCACAGGGACCGGAGGACCAGUUGGGAGAGUCGCAACAUCUGGAACAGUCACCGGAGAUGGAGCUGACGGAUCAGCCGCACCAGCCUGGAAACGCGGAGCAGCCAGAGGAGCCGGCUCAGACGGAGCAGGCAGUUUGCGCUGAAGCUGCCGCGGCAGAGCGGCAAGAACAGACGGAGCCGUCGGAGCAGAAUGAGCAGCCGCUGAAAACGACCGACUCGUCUCAGCCGGCGCUCGCGGAGCAGCUUGUGCAAUCAGAGAAGAAAAAUGAGUCAGAUGUAACGGAACAGCUGUCUCCCGAGACCGAGAUCACGCAGCAGGCGGAGGAGACGGAGGAGGCGAAGGAGGCAGAGUUAAACCAGGUGGACAAACAAGUUGACGCGCCAGAGCGACCUGAGGAGGUGGAAGGUGCUGAGGACGGAGGCGUACAGACAGUUGUGGCAAACGGAGCGCAGCCCAAACCCCUGGAGACGGCAGUGCCGCACAUGAACGGAGGCGGCGUGGACAGAGAGAAGGCUCGGCACCUCGCUGAACAGCUCUUUAAUUUGGACGGGAUUCAACGCGCGGACGUGGUGAAGCACUUAGACAAAGAUAAUGACUUCAGUCACGCCGUGGGAGAGGAAUACUUGAAAUUCUUCGACUUCACCGGACAAACCCUGGAUCAGGGCCUGAGAUCGUUUCUGAAAGUGGUGAUACUGAUCGGAGAGACCCAGGAGAGGGAGCGCGUGCUGCAGCAUUUCUCCUGCCGCUUCCAUCAGUGCAACCCAGAGUCCUUUUCCUCUUCAGGGGCCGUGUUGGCUUUGACGUGUGCCGUGAUGCUUCUCAACACUGACUUGCAUGGGCAGCAUGUAGGCAAAUCCAUGUCGUCUUCAAAGUUCGUGUCCAACCUGGACGGGAUGAAUGAAGGAGGGAACUUCAGCAAGGAUCUGCUAAAAAGUCUCUACAACUCCAUAAAGAGUGAAGCUCUGGAGUGGGCUGUCGAUGAAAAGGUGCUGAAGAGCGCUGUGUUGGGGGAGGAGGAUUCAGGCUCGGACACACUGCUGCGUUCCAAAGCUAACCCCUUCCAGGAUGUUCCUCACGACAAGAACGCCACGGUGGUCAAGCAGGGCUUUCUCCAGAGGAAGCUCCACGCUGACAUCGACGGCAAACGCACACCGUGGGGUAAGAGAGGCUGGAAGACUUUCUACGGCAUGCUGAAAGGAAUGGUCCUUUACCUGCAGAAGGAUAAUUAUCGGAGGGAUCAGCAGACCAGCGAGGAGGUGGUGAGUGUGCAUCACUCUCUGGCUGAGCCGGCGACCGAUUACACCAAGAAGCCGCACGUCUUCCGGUUGCAGACGGCCGAUUGGAGGGUUUUCCUCUUUCAAGCCUCGUCCAAAGCGGAGAUGAACUCGUGGAUCGGCCGCAUCAACUUGGUUUCCGCUCUUCACUCGUCGCCCCCGUUCCCGGCGGCCAUCGGGUCUCAGAGGAGGUUCUGCAGGCCGAUCCUUCCCGUCUCACAGUCUGCUCACAAUCUGGAGCGUCAGCUUCAGUCUCACGCAAGAAUGCUGGAGUCCUUCAAAGCAGACCUGACGAGCCUGCAGGAAAACCCACCAGAGGGCAAGAGAGCCAAAACCAAGGAUCUGGAGGAGCAUCGCGUCAGAGCAGAGUACCUGCAGCACGAGAUGUGUCGGUAUGAGAGCUACAUCCAGGUGCUGGAGGCCUGGAUGAGCGUGAAGAAGACAGACAGCGACGUGUUGGACACGGCGGACUUGAACCUGUUCGACAAAGCCAUGUGCGCGGACUGCGACGGGGAGGAGGAAGAGGAGGAGGGCGCCCUGAAAAAGUCCCACUCCAGCCCGUCUCUGGAGCUGGAGGUGGCUACUCCGGCUGUGAUCAAAGUCAGGCGCAACAUCUCAGAGAGACGGACUUACCGCAAGGCCAUCAUUCCUCGAUUCAAUAAAGAGGCCUGAGGUAUGGUAGGGUCGCCGGUUAAUGGCCGUUUGAAAAUGGAAAUUUACUUUAUGCCUGCUAGGAGCUGACGGGACUUUCAGUUUGUUGAAACACCAAAGUCACAAACUGCCUCUGCAAGUUUCUUUAGUUUUAGAGUUUUUUCUGAAGAUUUAUUCUGUGCACUUUUACAAAAAAAAAAACCUCAGGGAAUCCCAAACCCUUGACCUCUCCGGACAGAGCGGAAACCCUGAUUCAUUCUUUGAAUGACUUAAAAUGUUUGGACCUAAUUUAUAUAGUUCUAUAGUAUUUUGGUCUUUUUUAAUAGAAACGUUCAAGUACAAGGGUGGGGCUUUGACAAAAACGUGUCUUUAACCUGUGUACCACAAGAGGGUGCUGUAAUACAGGGCAUCUCAGAAUGAAAUACGUGCCAUGCUGUUAGUUUUUAACUUUUUUUUUUUUUUUUAAGAAUCCAAAUUGCACUUUUUUUUAUUGAUUUAUCGUCGUUAUACAUUCCUGACAUUAGUUCUUCUGUUACAUAUUUUGUCAAAAUGAAGGAGUCAUAAUAAAUGUAUGUUUAUCAUUCAG